UGUUAUUACUUGCGCACCUUCUAAGUAAAAAUGGUGGAUCAACAGUGACAUGAAUCUCAAAGAAUAACAAACCACUUGCUCUAACUGCGGAAAGAUGUCUUUGGACGUAAAAUUAAGGUUUAUAGGUGGCUUAAAGGGAAAAGGAGACAGGUUUUGCACACUUAUAUUUCGAGGAGUGCCAGCCACAUCAAAUGUAUUACCUGCAUGUUCCGGUGAAGCAUUUUUCAAUGAGGAAUUCUAUUGGCCAUUGGAAACUCCCCUGGAUAAGGAUGAGUGGCUUGAGGUCCGGCUUUACAACAGAAACAAAAUAUUCCAAGACAGACUUGUUGGUGCAUACCGUUUAUCACUUGCUGUGAUUGCAGAUGGAGGAAGUGCGGAAGUUGUUGACAACAUGAUUGAUUCAAAACAUAACAUCUUAAGAACUGAGGUGCAUAUGGAAGUUGCUUACACAAAGCCAGAACCAGGGGGACAACUUUAUGAUUAUGAUGCAAGGUCAGAGAAGAAGUCACUAGCUGGUAAAAGCAUGAUGUCAACAGCCACUGGUUUAACACGUACACAGCAUACUGAAGAAGUGGAUUUGUUACAAGAUAAAGAAAUUUAUCAUCCAAAGAUAAGACAUCCACCAAUUAUAAAUUCACAUUUCUCUGAUUGGAUGGUGCAAAUCAGAGUAAUUGAGGCAAAAGACCUUGCAGGUGUUUCACUGGAUCCAGUUGUAUGCAUUGCAGUUGGCGAACAAAAGAAAACCACAACAGUUAAGAAACAAACAAACAAUCCAGAAUGGGAUGAAUUAUUCUUAUUUGACUACAAAUGCCCUGAGCAAGAAAUUUUAGAUACCAUUUUGACAUUAGAGGUUUUUACUGGACGGUCCAUAAUAUCUGAUGGCUCAUUAAUUGGCAUGUUUAAGUGUGAUCUGUGGUACAUUUAUAGUCAACCAGAUCAUUCAUUUUUCAGCAAGUGGGCACCAUUAUUAGAUGGUUCAACAACAGAAAUAAAAGGUUAUCUGCGUUUGGAUCUCCAAGUUUUUGGAAAAGGUGAUGUUGUUAAGGACCCUCCACCAAGAAAAGAAGAUCCAGAAAUCGACCAGAAUCUGAUUUUACCACCAAAAAUCAAUCCAUAUCGACCUGUCUAUCAAUAUCAACUUAAAAUCUAUGCAGCUGCUGGAAUACCUCAAAUGAAUACCACUCUGAUGGCUAAUAUGAAAAAAGCUUUUACUAAAAAGAUGCAUGAUAUGGCAGAUCCAUUUGUUGAAGUAACAUUUGCUGGCAUAACUGCAAAAACUGAGGUUCAAAAGAAUACAUACAAUCCAGAGUUUAAUCAGCUCAUCACGUUUACUGAGUUUUUUCCACCACUUUGCAAAAGAAUAAAACUACAAUUGAAGGAUAGUGAUGUCACUUCUAAUGAAGUUAUUGGAACGCAUUUCAUUGAUCUCGAUGAAAUUUCAAACAAAGGCCAACAAAAUAAAGGAGGUUUUAUGCCAAUGUUUGGACCGUGUUGGGUUAACCUAUAUGGAUCGACAAGAGAUUAUGGACUGUCAGAUGAGCAUGUGGAUCUUAGCAAUGGACUGGGUGAAGGAAUUGCUUAUAGAGGACGCGUGUUAAUAUGGUUGGAUUGCUUGGAAGCAGAACCUGAUGACACUGGACUGGUAUCUGUAGAAGAUUGUGAUCCACUACCCCCUAAAGUAUUAGGAAGGGAUGAGGUGUAUCAGUUGUUUUCAACAUUUUACGAAGCUAGCAUGAUUCCAAGAAAAAUUGGUGAUAAACCAAUUCAGUUUGAAGUAACAAUUGGCGAGUAUGGAUUCUUAAUGAAAGAUGCUGUGAAAGAAGAGAAGAAGCAAGCAAAGAAUAAAAAAGAUCAGGAUAUCGAUUCAAUUGAAUCAAUUGAUGAAGAUGAAAUUUACCAACAAGAGAAGGUCUUUAUUCAUUCUCUAACACCACCAAUAAAGCCAGUUGCUCCAGAGAAGAAAUAUUUUCACGUGCCGUUUGGAAGCGACAAACCUUGCACGCACAUCAAGUUUCCAUUUGAAGAUCAACGUCGCCGACAUUAUAAUUCAGUACUGCUGAAUAAAAUAUACAACAUUUUGGAAGAGAAUUUGGAGGAGUUGGACGAACGAAUAAGAAUUGGCCUACCCCGCACCAAUAAAUUGUUAAAGAAAGUGAUGGGUGAUAUUGUUCACCAUUGCAGUUUAUACAUUGAACUAGCAGAUGGAAAAAAGACUGCAACACAUCUUGGAAAGAAUAAACUUGAUAAAGAGAGAGUAAAAAUGUGCACUGUUGAAGUCAAAAGUGUUUCAAUAGAAGCGGCAAGUAUAGCUGAAAAGUGCGCUAGUGAUGAUGAUAUGCAGCAGAAAGUUAAACAUGCACAUUCACUUCUGCGUAAGAUAAGAGCUAUCAUAAAGGAGCCUCAACAUGGCUUACCUGAUAUUUUUGUUUGGAUGAUCAGUAAUAGCAAGAGAGUUGCAUACACAAGAAUUCCAGCUGAAGAAAUCUUAUAUUCAAAAGUUGACUCUGAGCGAGGCUUAAAUUGUGGACGGGUGCAGACUAUUUUUCUACGGCUACCAGGAAAAAUGGGUCAUGGUGAAAAUGGUUGGGCGAUACAAGCAAAAAUUGAAGCACGAUUCUGGUUAGGGUUAUUGAAAAAUAAAUCUGAAUACCUGAAAGAUGCUCCAAGUGGUUUUGAAACAGAUGAAGACGCACUAUCAACAUUAGCUGUACCUCCAACCUUUCUUCGUUAUACAGAAAAACAGAAGUUUAUUGUCCGUGCUCAUUUGUAUCAAGCAAGAAGCUUGAUUGGAAGUGAUGACAGUGGUCUUUCAGACGCAUUCUGUAGAUGUGUUGUCACAUACAAGCCUCAAGACACGCAUGUUAUUUGGGAAACAAGAAGUCCUACUUGGGAUUGCAUGUUGAAAUAUGUAGACAUUGAAUUGUGGGGUGAUGUUCAAGAAUUUGUUGUGAAUCCUCCCGUCAUUGUGCUCGAGAUAUUUGACAAGGAUGCUGGGGGUUCUGAAGAGUUUAUUGGAAGAGCCUUAGCCAAACCAGUGGUAAAACUUGCUGAAGAAGUAUACGAGAAGCCUUUUUUCCCACCAGUGCUUCAAUGGUUUCCCAUCUACCGCGGUGAGAUGAGAGCUGGCGAACUGCUUGGUGCUUUUGAAUUGCUACAGGUUUCUGAUGAUUUAUUUACUGAGCUACCAACUGAUCCAGAACCUGAGGAGCGUUCAGGAGCUGGCAUGAUUAUGAGUGUCCCUGAGGAUAUUCGACCUAAAAUGCAAAAACACAGGAUUGAGGUGAUGUUCUGGGGCGUUCGUGAAAUUAAGAAGGUGCAGUUUAUGUCAGUAAACCGUCCUCAAGCGCAACUUGAUUGUUGUUACAAAGUGACGAAACAAACAGGAGAGGAAGAGGAGGUAGUGAAGUCUGUUGUAGUCAAGAAUGCCAAGAAGAAUCCAAACUUUGAAGAUAGCGUUGAUAUCUUUGAUGUUUACCUUCCAGAAAAUGAGAAGUAUUUGCCACCGAUGACUAUACAUAUAAACGAUUGUCGCGCGUUUGGACGUCAAGUCUUGUGUGGUACUCACGUCAUCGACACGCUACACAGAUUUUUUAUGGACCCAAAAUUAUUUGAACCUCGUCGACCACCAGAAGAGCCAGAAGAUCCUAAAAAGAAAGCAAAAGCAGAAGCACAGGCUGAUAUGGCAGUUGAGAUGGAAACGCCUGAGAACACCCCACGGGAAGGAGGGUCACUUAAGAAGAAGAAAAAAGGAGAGGGAGCUCAGGAGGAGGAGGAGGUACUCGAUUGGUGGACGAGAUUUUAUGAAACUUUGCGAGACAUGGAAGAUGACAAGCCGAAAAAGAAAAAACUGAAACUUGGAAAAUUGGGAAAGGGUCCGCAAGAUGCCGAGCAAGCUGACCGAGCAAAAAUUCCCAGAAUCACAAUCUACAUGGACGAGCUGGAAAAUAUACCCGAAUUUAACGGUUUUACUGAUUUCAUGCAAUCUUUUAAUUUGCUGCGUGGAAAGAAGACAGAUGAUGAAGAUGACGAAGUUAGAAGGUUUUCUGGAAAGUUUAAGGGCAACAUUCGAGUAUGGGAGUACCCACUACCCCAUGGUUUUGACACCGAAGAUGAAAUGGGUACAUAUUACAAACUUCCAUCAAAUGAACCUUUAAACGUGUUGGUGCGAGUCUAUGUGGUCAGGUGCUUGAACUUGCACCCUAUGGAUCCCAAUGGAAAAGCUGAUCCUUAUUUGAUAUGCAGUCUCGGAAAGAAGGUGUACAAGGAUAAGGAUAAAUACGUCUCUAAACAACUAUCUCCAGAGUUUGGAAGGUGUUUUGAGUUUGAGGCUGUGAUACCAUUUGACAACAUGGUGAAGAUACAAGUCUUCGAUUGGGAUAUGUUAAGCGGGGAUGAUCUGAUUGGUGAAACAGAGGUGGAUAUUGAGAAUUUGUUCUACAGUAAACAUCGACCUUCAUGUGGUAUACAAAAGAAUUACGUUACUCAUGGUUAUGCGAAAUGGAGAGACCCUCAAAGACCUGCAUCCAUAUUAACAAAACUUUGCAAGGAGUAUGGUAUUGAUGGACCUUACUUCAACGAGGGUACGUGUAAUGUUGGUGGAAAGAUAUAUACUGCAGAUGCUGUUAUUAUCGACGAAAAAGGAAAAGAGAAAGAGUCUGAUGAGCCAGUGGCUUUAGAAGCUCUUCAUAAUUUUCAAGAUCUUGCUCCAAAAGGUUUCCAUCUUGUGCCAGAAUACGUGGAAACGAGGUCGUUAUUUAAUUCUGAAAAACCAGACAUUGAGAUGGGCAAAGUUCAGAUGUGGAUUGAUAUGUUUCCGAUGGAUUUAACCAUGCCCGGUCCGCCUGUGAACAUAGAAGUUCGUAAACCGGUCGAAUAUGAACUGCGUAUUGUUGUGUGGAACACAGAAGAUGUUUUGCCUGACGAAACAAAUAUCAUUACUGGAGAAGCAAGUAGCGAUCAGUUCAUCAAAGGUUGGCUUGAGGGAAACAGAGAAGACAUGCAAGAGACAGAUGUCCAUUACAGAUCAUAUGACGGUUCUGCAAUGUUUAACUGGCGAUUUGUGUUCCCGUUUAAAUUUCACAAAGCAGAAGAAAAGAUAGUCACGUUUAAGAAAGCCAGUAUAUUUUCUGUUGAUUUAACAGAAGAGAAGCACAAACCUUUGCUGUACCUGCAAGUAUGGGACGCAGAUCUGUUUUCGUCUGACGAUUUCAUCGGUGACGCUAUUCUCUCCCUUACGAAGCUGCCAUCUCCUGCUAAAACAGCAAAAUCGUGUGACCUGGAGAUGUUAGAACCUGGUAAACCAACUGCUUCUAUAUUCAAGAUUAAAAAAUGUAGAGGCUGGUGGCCAUUUCAAGUAAACCCGGAAGAUGACGAUGAUCCAGAUCCAAUACUGGCCGGAAAAGUAGAUGUUGAAAUUGAGUUGCUGACAAAAGAAGAUGCUGAAGCUGCUCCCGCUGGAAAGAAAAGAGAAGAACCACAGCCAUUGGAGAAACCAAAUCGUCCGAACGACAGCUUCUUCUCUUUCAUGGGUCCAUUGACUAUGCUAAGGUACCUGAUAUGGGAGCCAUAUAAAUGGUUAAUCAUGAAAUUGAUGGUGAUUUCGUUACUGUUGUUGAUACUGGGACUGUUUUUGUAUUCAAUGCCGGGUUAUACCAUCAAAAAAGUAUUUGGGGCGUAGGCAAGGCGUAGACGAUUUAAAAUUGUACUGUACAGAAUAAAUAUUAUUUGUAUAUAGAUUUAAAUAUUUUCUGAUAUUUUCUGACUACGAGGACACUAGCAGUCUUUGGAUGCCAUCUUUUUUAUUGCUCGAUAACUCUGUGCAGAAAAAAAGUUUUUUUUAUUCUUCUUUUAGUAAACAUUUGAUAGAAUUUAUAUCUUUUUGUAAGUUUCAAACAUCUCUGGGUUUUUUUUAUUUAUAUCCAAAUUUAUAUGGGAUUUAUAUACGAACUUUUGAACGCUUAAUGUUUAACAAAAAGUUUAGUAAAUUUGUAUUGGAGCAGUAUGGGUAUUUUGCUGAACAAAUUUUAUAUCAUCAUCGUGAAUUUUUUAAACAAACGGGAUAGUUUUUUAUGGUCAUCUUGAGUUUUUUCUGUGAUACUUGAUACCAUUUUGGUUUUUAAUUUGUUUUUAAUGUUGUAUAAAAAUAUAUGAAGUAGCUAAACGAACAUAAGUCGACACAAUUAGUAUUUUCGUGAAUUUUUUAUUUAAUUUUUUUAUUGCUAUUGUUGCUUAGCACAUUCAGUUUUCACGCCUUUAACUGAGUCUCAGUGUCGCUGAAGAAUAUCAGCUUGUUUUGUAGUUCAUCAAGAACAUUUAAUAACUUUAUAAGGCUCCAUAAGGCUGAUGCGCUAAAAGAAAAUAUUGAGAUUUUAAUCCCCUAAAUUGACUCUAACGCUGCAGAAGUCUCUACCAUAUUAAUCUUGAUCGACCUGUGUGAGGGUGUUAAAAUUAUACUUUUAGGCUAAAGCUCAAAACAUUAAUUUUCUUGUUAAAAUAUUUCAAGGAUAUUUUAGAAUUUUUAUAAAGUUUUUUCACCAUUCGAAUGCGCGCUAUUUUCUGAAUUAUAUGCCACUGCAGUGCCAUCUUUUUAUUUUUUUAUUCGGGUUACUAUUUCUUUUGGAACAUCUCUAUUUCUUCGCCAGACAAGAUAAUUCGAUUUUAGAUUUUAAGUAGGUCGGUUCGUCUUUUCUACGGAAAACCUAUUUACCUGUUUACUUUAAAAUCUAUUUAUUUUUUAAAAAUAAAAAUGUAUUUAUUUCCA